AUGGUUUAUGCGCAUUUUGCUACGACUCUCGUCGUUGACUGGAGACGUAUUGACUUAGGCUGUUUUCUGCGAAAUCGAUUUACUCCAGACGACAGACUGUUUAACCUUGAGUAUGCAGACGACUUUGUGCUAGUAAGUGAAGAUCUAGAUUUAAUUGACCCGGGCAGUCAGCAAAUGAUGAUACAAACUGAAGACGGACAAGCAAACAAUAUGUUGCUCUACAGUUCUGCUAUGGAAGGGCAACAUCAUCAGAUGGACGAGGCCGUAAUUGUGGGCCAAGAGGAGGAGAAAGAAAAUCACCAGUAUUCCUUGAGCUAA